GAAUUCAGAAAGAAUAAAAUUUAAAAAAACAGAAAGUCCAAACCUUUUUCCCUCUAUUAUUAUUUUACUUUACUGCUCUCGUAAAAGCAACUGUCUCUCUCUCUUCCUGCUCUGGAAUUUUUGGUGAUGUGCAGUGGAGAAGUAGAACCCAGGAAGGGGACUCCAUGGAUUUGCUGAACCUGACCUUCGUAAUUAGUUUAGCAGCUUUACUUUCCCUCGUCUGUUGCUCCUACCCUGUCUCGGCAGGGGAUAUAGUUCAUCAUGACGCUUUAGCUCCAAAGAAGCCUGGCUGCGAGAAUGACUUCAUCUUGGUGAAAGUUCAAACUUGGGUGAAUGGCGAAGAGGAUGCUGAAUUUGUAGGUGUAGGUGCUAGAUUUGGCACUGUCAUUGUGUCCAAGGAGAAAAAUGCUAACCAGACUCGCCUUUCGCUUUCAGAUCCCCGAGACUGCUGUAAACCACCUAAGAACAAGCUUGUUGGAGAUGUAAUCAUGGUUGACAGAGGCGGUUGCAAGUUUACUGAAAAAGCCAAUAAUGCUGAGGGUGCUGGUGCUUCUGCUAUCCUUAUUAUAAACAACCAAAAAGAACUUUAUAAGAUGGUCUGCGAACCCGAUGAAACAGAUCUAGAUAUUCACAUACCUGCUGUUAUGCUGCCCCAGGAUGCUGGUGUGACAUUGGAAAAAAUGCUAUUGACUAAUGAUUCAGUAUCUGUGCAGCUUUACUCUCCUAAGAGGCCUCUAGUUGAUAUAGCUGAGGUCUUCCUAUGGUUGAUGGCUGUCGGCACUAUCUUAUGUGCUUCCUAUUGGUCAGCUUGGAGUGCCAGAGAAGCUGCUACCGAGCAGGAUAAGCUAUUGAAGGAUGCUGCAGAAGAAUUUCCCAACAGAAGAUCUGAUAUCAGUAGUGUUGUAGACAUUAGUACAACCACUGCUGUGUUGUUCGUUGUGAUUGCUUCAUGCUUCUUGGUCUUACUCUACAAACUUAUGUCAUACUGGUUCAUUGAGCUUUUGGUAGUCCUUUUCUGCAUAGGUGGGGUAGAGGGUCUGCAAACUUGUUUGGUUGCUUUGUUGUCAAGGUAUAGUACUUUUGUCUCUCUUUCUCUCUUAAUCACUCUUGUUUUAUUGCGCUGCACAUUCCGAUAAUGGUAGUAGCUUUGGCCAGUUAAGCAAGAGACCCAAAGAACUAACCGAGUGGCUCUUACAUGUAGUGUAGCUCAGGGAUUACAAGAAUACAUUUUUAGUCUGAAGCAUCCCCAAUACCUCAAUUUAGGCAUUUAGCAUUAGCUCAGCCCCAUAUCCUGCAAUUUAUCAUUAGUUAUAGUAGCUCCAUUCACUACAAUUCCUGUUCUGACCCAAUCUCAUAAUUAUCCUGUGUGCAUGGACAUCUUCUUAAGUUGAAACAAAUUUGGCGCAUCCCAUUAAUUCUGUAAACCCAAUCAGGAAUAUAUCUUCAAGUUGAUAGUGAGCCAACCAAGAAAACAUGAAAUAAACAAGCCUGGUGCAACUUUUAAUCAGUGGUCAUAUCCUUCAGCAUUCAGCUGACUUUAGUGCUUUCACAAGAGUGUUAGUCCAAAUGAUCUUGUGCAUCUGGAAUAAAAGGCGAUGAAGAAGGGAUGCAUAAUCUCACAGAAGUUAAACAACCUAGAGAAACAUUUGACUCUUUGUUUCUUUGAAGGGAAGUCAUCGGACUUGCACUUUUUAUCUUUUUCAAGUUAGAACAGAACUUACACGUCGAUGAUCAUGAAGAUAAGUCGGUUAUGCAUUUGGGAAUUGUUGGUGCAGUGUUUUAUUUAUUUUGUUGUAUUUUCAAUGUUGGAAAUAUUUUAAUAGGUAUUUCAUGCGUGCUGCGGAGUCAUUCAUCAAAGUGCCAGUUCUGGGAGCGAUCUCAUACCUAACAUUGGCUGUGUCCCCAUUGUGCAUUACUUUUGCUGUAGUCUGGGCUGUUUAUCGGAAUACUACCUAUGCUUGGAUAGGGCAAGAUAUUCUUGGGAUUGCUCUGAUACUCACCGUUCUUCAGAUUGUCCAUGUGCCCAAUCUCAAGGUUGGUACUGUUCUUCUCAGUUGUGGGUUCUUAUAUGACAUCUUCUGGGUUUUUGUCUCUAAGAAGCUGUUCCACGAGAGCGUAAUGAUUGUGGUAGCUCGUGGUGAUAAGAGUGGAGAGGAUGGCAUCCCAAUGCUGUUAAAGAUACCUCGUCUCUUUGACCCUUGGGGUGGUUACAGCAUUAUAGGAUUUGGUGACAUACUUCUACCUGGAUUACUUGUAGCAUUUGCAAUCAGGUACGAUUGGUUGGCGAACAAGAGUCUGAGAGCUGGAUACUUCUUGUAUGCCAUGUUGGCUUAUGGACUAGGCCUUCUGAUUACAUACGUUGCACUAAACUUGAUGGACGGGCAUGGCCAGCCGGCUCUUCUCUACAUUGUUCCUUUCACCCUAGGAACAUUUUUGGCACUGGGAAAGAUGAGAGGCGAUCUUACCGUUCUAUGGACGCAAGGCCAACCGGAGAGACAUUGCACUCACGUCCAUCUCCAACAGAGCGAUGAAGCAGAUGGCGGCGAAGAAAGAUGAAGAUGAAGCUUAGUUUGGUUUGUAACUUGUUGGUAAAUAUGUUGUAAUCUUAUGUAGCAGUUUUCAUAGCAUUAAAUUAUUGUUUAGGCCCGAUUUCAGAACUGGUAUAAAUGAAGCAGUUGGCCUGAGGGAGCCAAGCCCGCUUCCUAGGUUAUUUUGUAACGGUAGAGAUGUUCCCAUCACACCAACAUUGAUCAUUUGAGAUUUACUUGUUAAUUCACCGGUCGAAGUAGUGUUGUAUCAACUCUUGAUAUGCUCUCCUACGUUAGU